AUGGCUGGUAUUUUGCAAAGGAGCUCUGGAGGUUGGGAAUGGCGCUUGCGAGCGGCGGAGAGUGGGGUUGAUGGCAUCGGUGAAGAGAGGCGACAGCGAGAUUUGGGAUUUAGCGGGCGUUUGGAUGCUUUGGGCUUAGGCUACGUUUUUGCUUCUUUAGACAACAGGCCUCAAGCAGUUUUCAGUUUGUGGCUUGCAAUCAAGGGAAGACUUCCAACAAAAGAUAGGCUGAUUCAACAUGGUUUAAAUAUGGAUGCUAACUGUGUUUUCUAUACUGAAACUGAAUCCCUGGACCAUUACUAUUUGAAUGCAGUAGAACUAGGGAUAUUUGGCAGAACAUCCUCAUGUGGACUGGUUUUAACAGGGCCCCCUCCAACUGGAAUAAUGAUAAGACUUGGCUUAUCAAUGAAAAAAGGAAAAAAGGUUGGAGAAGGUGUAUUCUUAAAAUUGCGGCUGCAAAAAUAG